AUGCAGAACGAGUGGUUAGACAUAGGAGAUUUUUGCAUCCCAUUAGCAUUAAAAUGGCGCACUUUAAUUUAUGAUUGGUCGCCAGCAUUGCUAAAAUUCUAUCUCAAUGCGUUCCAGAUGACUCUCCCAGAUCAGAGUAAUUUAGUAAGAUGGGGUAAAAGUACCGAAAAAACUUGCUAUAUCUGUGGAAAGGCAGUUGGAACUGCUAAGCAUCUGCUGGUGGGAUGUAGAGUACUCCUGGACAACGGUCAAUACUCGCGCCGUCACGAUAGGGUUCUAGAAGUCAUACGUGAAGCGGUUAGUCUUUCGGUAGCCAGAGCGCAAAAGGAAAUAACCACAAACGAACGAUCAGUAGGUUUUGUGAGAGAAGGCACUAGGGCUACAAAAUCAAACGUCAAGCCUUACUCCAUCCUUAAAGCGGCGUCGGAUUGGACUAUUAUGAUGGACACGUAUGAAAAACAAUAUAAAAUCCCCGAGGAUAUUUGUGCGUCGGCCUCCAGACCGGAUAUAUUUUUGUUUUCGCGAAUUUUAAAGCGCGUAGUGAUGAUAGAGCUUACGGUCCCUUGGGAAACCAACAUCCCCAAAGACCAUACCAUCAAAGUCAACAAAUAUUACGAGCUCACAAACGAACUCACUCGAAAUAGGUUCGUAGUAGAUUUGUACGCGGUAGAGGUGGGAGCGAGAGGUAUAACAGCGAAAUCUCUCUACAACCUACUAAAGGACUUGGGCUUGUCCAGAACUCACAUUAAUGCAUUCUUGGAACGUAUAUCGAAGGCAGCCCUAGUAGGUUCUUUUCAAAUUUGGUUAGGUAGGGAGAGGAGCUUGGACAGUGGAGGUGAGCGUAUAACGCGCGUUGGGUAA